AUGCCUUUCUCUCGCCUUGCUCUGCCUAUCGCGGCCCUGUCCUACUCGCAACGCGCGGCCACUCGAAUCCGAGAACAGAGAUCUGACUACAAGCUCAAGGCAGAACAGGGGCCUGAUGAGGCUCCGAAACCGCCGAGCCAGGCCAAUUCAGUCGAUCCAGCUGACCCCAACGAAGACCCAGGGCCAAACGAUUUGAACAGGUUGGGUGACGACUUGGACGCCGUUUCUGCCUUCAAGCCUGACGAGAAGCUCGCCCAAGUACAAAAACAGCAUGACUAG